ACCUGUUGCUAUGACGAUUAUACCAUGCCUGAUAAUGUUACCUCAUAAUUACUGAGUUAAAGUCUGACUUUGGGAGAACUAAUUACCUGUGAGACAUUAGUGAUUCAGAAUUUAGAUAGGUUUACAACAUUAGUGACAACACUGUCUAUGUCACUUCAUAUUGAAAAUAGUGGCCUUGCAGGAGAACUAGCCAGCCUGAAACUAGACGCCUCCCCACAACAACCCAUGGAAGCUGUGCCCGAACACGAGCGCCGCGAGAGGUGGGAGCGCGGACAGGUGGACUACCUGGGCGAGGACAGUUUUCAGAAGAUCCAGGAAAGGAUAGACUCCACGCUGCAGUCUGGUCCGCCCCAGGGACAGCCCAAGCCCGUUGACAAGAGCAAAGGAGCUGUCCCUAAGGCUAGUAGAAAGCAUGUCCGGAAAUAGAGCAUGUACAGUGUGUAUUGCAUGCUUGGCUCAAUUUGUGUACAUGGUAUGCAGACUGAUUUUGUUUUUGCACAUUUGUUUGUUUGUUUAGAUGCUGUCAUUUUGAUUUCUGUUUAUGUUCAUUUGUGAUUUUAUUUGUGUAGACGCACUCUUUUUAAGUUGUCAUUGUAUAAUGUAAUCAGACUGAAAUUUCCCAAAUCUUCUGUAUUAAACCACCUUAUUUGAUAACUGCUGCAUGUGAAGUAAUUGUUUUUAUAAUUGCAUGAAGACAAAUUUUACGAAAUGCCUUACUUUUUCACUACCCAUCCUAGUUUCUACCCUGGCUUUUAAUUUUUUGACACCUAUCACCAGCAUUUUAAGCUAACCCAGACCAAGACCAACUUCUCAUAAGAACUUUAGAGUAAAAUUUGGUAAAGCCAUAGUUUUUAGACCACCAUUUUAGUCAACUUCAUAUCUUUUAGACCAACAGUUUAGUCUACUCUAUAUAUAUCUUUUACACCAAAAUUUUAUUCGAUUUUAAAUCAUUUGUACCAGCAUUUUAGUUUACUUCAAAUCUUUUAGACCAACAUUUAAGUUUACUUCAUACGAGAAUUAAUGUGCAGUAGUACAUUUAAUGGAAAAGAAGUUUCUCUUUGAUAUAACUAAAUAUAAUUCACUGAAUUGGACUGCUGUUUCUUUAUGUUUGGUCUAGGUUUCCAAAGAUUUCACUCUAAAGUUCUUAGGGAAAAGGGUUGCUGUUCAGCAAAAUUGAGAAAAAUAGUGAACAUUAUGCACCUCUUAAAGAAUUUUUUUAUGGCAGCCAUAGCGCAUGGUUUUAAAUAUAAGUGAUGUAAAGGCUCCAUAUUUGCAUGGAAAAUGUUUUUGAGAAACUUUCAUCUUAGACGUUGCUCCGUAGCAACUAUUUUAUGGUACAUUAAAUCAGGUCAAAGGUAACUUGAAGCAGAUUUAAGUAAAUGACAUUUGAUCAUAAUUUCCUGUGCUGCUUUCUGUUAAAAGAUUUAACUUGGUGUUCAAUUUUCUUUGCUACUUUCUUUUGAAAUUUGAAAUUCUGAUGUCA